AGUUCACAACUGGACGCCACGCCAGGCACCAACGCUCUCUCGCGCUAGUGUCCUGCAGGAGACCCGGCGUGGUGGUGACGCUGCCUGUCGUGUCCUUCCCUCGUGGCUUCGUGCGGUUGUCGUGAAGCUGUGGUGGGUGCGCCGCUGUGAGGGUGCUGCUGUUCGUGUUCAUGGAGUGACUGGUGUAGGCAGGCCUGGUACGAGGCUGACUCAUGUUUGUGUGUGUCGGACACGGCAUUGUCAGGCCGCUGCUCUUGACGAAAACUAUAAAGUUUGCUUCAACUUGAGAAAAUCAGUGUGAAUCAUUGUUUGUUGCUCCAUGACAGAGGAAUGAAUGAGGUUGUGUUCCUCCAAGAAAUGUGUUGUUUAACGAAUUCAAUAAUGAACUGAUAUGACACAGCACACUGAAAGCCCAGCUGCCGCUAAAAUAAAAAUCAGAGGGAGAUUAGCUACCUGAUAGACGCUGAGGUUAGACGUGAGGACUCAAAGUGCGGGGCUACGGAAGGCAGCAGCGGCGCCUCACCUGGCACCGCCCACCAGGAGAUGCGGGACUCGGGCUGAGAUGCGGCGGUGGCGGUGGUGGCGGUGGCUGGUGUGCGCCAGCGGCUGGGUGGCUCUCGUCUAUGUCUUCUUCCUCGCCUUCGUCACGCUGGUCUCCCUCACCAACCCCACUCUGACGCGCCCGUACAGCCCCCCAGCAGAAGUUGUAGGGGCCCGCGGCACGUGGAGCUGGGCCUCGCGCAGGCUGGGACGAGGAGCGAGGCUUCCCUGGUGUCAGCCUCUGAGGUGGCGGGAUCCUCCAGGACCUGUUACUGCCCUCGUGUCCUUCCCAGGCUCAGGGAACACGUGGGUUAGAUACUUGCUGCAGCAGGUGACGGGCUACUACUCCGGCAGCGUAUACAAGGACUACGCCCUCAUGAAGAACGGCUUCCCUGCGGAGUCUGUGUCCAAUGGCUCGGUGGUGGUGGUGAAGACGCACGAGUGGGGACCUGAGAUGCGCAAAGGGUUCUCGCGCGCCAUCCUGGUGGUUCGGGAUCCUUACCUUGCCAUCCAGGCUGAAUUCAAUCGCCAGAGCGGCGGUCACAUAGGCCACGCACAACCGGACAAGUACACGCGGGAUGGAGGACGCUACUGGGAAAAGUUCGUGACAAACAAGGCCCUGGCGUGGAUGAACACAACCCUGGACUGGCUCAAAUUCGAAGGUCCGCUGCAUUUGGUUUUCUAUGAAGACCUUCUGGACAAUUUGCCUGAAGAAAUGAGGAGGAUUCUUGAAUUCUUGGAUUUGGAUGUCAGUGAGAGUAACUUUGACUGCAUGAUGAGGCACCUGGAUGGUAUAUACAAGAGGAGAAAAAGACCUCUGAGUUUCGACCCGUUCACACCCAAGCUGCGCGCGUUGGUGGACCGCUGCAAGCAACUGGUUGAGCGCGCCGUGCGGGAGGUGCUGGCGGGGGGUGAUGUCAACGUGGUCUUAAAUAACAUGAACGCAUUCAAUUUUAGCUUCGGGCAUCACAAACCUGUUGUCAGAUGAUGACCUCAAGGGUGUUUGUCGUGCGUCAUAGGACAAAAUUUCUGAACUAAGGAAGUAGGAGCUAAAAUAGUAUUACAGGGAAGGAAGUUAGUAGAAUGCAUUCCUCCAACAAGGAGAGGAAUCAUGUGCCAUAGAUAAUUGCAUAGAUAUACAGUUUAAAAACCAUCAUGUGUGCAGACGCGACGAUGCAGUCCUGUAUUUGGAACCCGUGGCGGGCUUCUCUCUCUGGCUGCAGAAAGACCUGGAGGCGGUGCACACAUUGCUGAGAUACAACAGGAUAGGAAACGACACCCCGAUGAAAAGAAUGAUCGAGUCGAAUUAGUGCUAACAUUUCCUGGAAAAAAAAAAAAGUUUUCAAUGCAAGAAAGUCACUAUGCUAGUCUGUCAUCAUGAUACGAGUAUACUGUAAGUAGGUAUGAACAUCCACACACCCAUUCACCCAACUCCCCCAACACACACACACACUCACACACACAGACACACACACCUUAGCCCCUGAUGCCUAAGCUCAAAUUUUCUAAGGUUUACACGUAGUUUUCUCUUUUUUCCCCUGAUAUUGAGUGAGAGGCAGGCUUAUGGUAUGCUUCUCGAGGCGGGUGUGUGAAGGCCAGAAGGUCCCUUGAGGCAAGCGUCCUCCUGGGCGACGCAGGAUGGGCAGUGCAGCAGCUGUCAGACAAGACGUGAACAUCUGUGAUACAUAAGCUAUUUUUAAAAGCAAUACAAAAAUUAGUUGAAGUAGAAAUAACUUUUUAGCAGAUGUUAAAUGAUGUAAUUAAGGCAGCAAUAAUGAAGCAUAUAUUGUGUCAGCAUGAUCAAUACCUUAGAAUUUACUGUACUAGGUUUAAUUUACUUGAAGCAUAAUGAUAAAGAAUUGACAGGAUGUACCCAAUGCAACCAAAUCUUUGCCAAUAUUAGUAUUAUACAGCAUGGCAUGACCAAAAUUUUUCUCAGUAAAAUGCAGUCUUCUGUUGUUAUACGUAAACAUGUAUUCAUAACUAUAUAUAUUAGACUCGCAGUUCUUAGAAGAAAGUUAAACGUUUGGCAGUCUUUCAAACAUAAAUAUCUUAAAAAAUAGACGAAAAUAUUGGCCAGUCUUUCAAACAAUAUUAUCUUAGGGAAAAAAGAAAGCAUUGCCCAGUCUUUUGAAUCUAUUUGAUAUUAUCUUAGAAGAAAGGGAAGCAUUGGCCAGUCUUUCGAGCAUAAUAUUAUCUUAGGAAGGAAAGGAAGCAUAGGCCAGUCUUCUGAAUAUAUUUAGAAUUACCUUAGGGAGAAAGGGAAACAUUGGCCAGUCUUCGGAGCAUAAUAUUAUCAGUGGCUUGGCAAUACUGCGUAGGAAUAGCAUUUAAUUACAACCACUUCUAGUCCUGGAGCUUCAGCCACGUCUGUUUUAGAGGCCUAAGGUUGAAGCCCGUGACAAGUUUUCUCAUGGCGUAAUAUAAAUGAUGACUGACUAACUAAUGUCUCUGGAAUGGCACCGUAACUUUGAGACCAUUAAACCAGAACAUCAUUAAAUAUGUAAUAGAAUACCAGCUUUUGAUAGAAAUGCUGGACCCUAAUGCUAGGAUGGAAGGAUCUUACACAUCUUGGCGACCUAACACAUCUGCUACGGUACACCUAUUCACAGCAUUGUUAAAAGAAAAAAAAUGCUUGGACACAGAGGAGAAAGAGAAAAGAGGUUAAUUUUGUCUUUUCUAUGCUAAAAAAAAAAUAAAAAUAAAAAGGUGUAGUACAGAAAUAGGUCUUAAUGAAACGUGGUUUGGCAGGACGAGCCAAAGCAAAUCGGAUUAUGAGGCUUCACCUUAUGGUCCGGAUGGCUGAGUCUUGUCCUUCCGGCCUGUCAGAUCUGGGCUUUUGAUUCUCGGUUAUGUCCACCUCCUCUAUUUAUAAGAGAUUAAUUUCUCACUCUUUCUUGAUAGAGAAUGUAGUUUUUCACUCAGUCAUUACACUGGUGGCAUGGCGGCGGGAUUGUCAAGGGGCGGGUCAGCCUAGUCUGAAUCAGCCACUAAAAGAGUGUCCCUCUGCCCCAAUGCCAGUGCGAGUUGAACUAAUUGAAAAGGCGAAAAAAAUAAUAAAUAAUUGUGGCUAUUUGUUUUAAAGCAAGUUUUUUUUUUUUUCUGCGUAUCGUGGAGACUAGCCAAGAGGGAAAAUGGAAGGAAAUAAGUCUGCUCACUUGCCGUUCUCAAAAGGAGAGUCAAUAAGGUUGACCACUUCAGUUGUGGAGGUGUAUUAACACAUGGCGUCACUGUAUGGACAAGGCUGAGCAAGCAAGCCUAUGACCACCACCACCACUACACAGUUGGUCACAAUGAGGGCACAAGAAUGGAAACAAUCACACCUCAAAAACUCCGAUGCCAUUCUAACAAAAUAGAUCCUUUUUUUUUUUUUUUUAUUCGAGUUGGUUAGAAAUCCUAUCAGUGCACCACGAAAUAUUAGAUCACACGAAUCAACAGUGACGAGCCUUAGUUUGCUCAUUAUUUGGUUUGGUUCUCUCCCGUAGUAUGAAACGUCUCAACCACUGAACAAAAAGCGAAAGGCUGAUUUUCAUUACACCAACUUUUUAUGAUGAUGUAGCAUUCUCAAAAAGAUGCGAUAGGUCACUUUACAUCUCAUCUCACCAGCAGCAUCCCUCAGCAGGUGCGUCGUGCAGCCUAGCGCAGUGCCUACCCUUUAUUUCUUUAUGUUCCUUUGUGUUGGGCAAGCGAGCCUCCAUGCAAGCAGCCUUCCCAUUCCAUAUUCCUUUUCCUUUCAUUUCCCCAAGAUGUUCGUUUGGCCUCUUUGGGCUGUCCGUUACAGAUGACUCGAUGUGGAAGGCUUGACAUUUAGAAAGCAUGGCAAGUGUCCAUCCGGAAGAAGCUGGAUCACAACCUGUAUUGACGUGUUGUAGGAAUAAAAACACUGCUUUCCUGAAAUAGUCUCGAGUCCUGUCAGGAGGCUCAUUAUUCACCAAUCCUAAAUGAAGUAUUGUUUUGUAAUACCUAAAGUCUGCCACCCUUCAUGCAGGAACUCACCAGUGCGAAGUCUCGGCCAACAAGACACAAACGUUUGGCCCCUCGCACAUCAACGCGUGGUGUUCUGUGUCUCUUACUUUUCCAUUCCUCACAGAAAAAUUUCCCAAUGGAUUUCUAGUUAUCACUUUGACCGUAGUAUGAUAGGAGGAUUUUUCUUCUUUGUUUUAUUAUUUGGUUGUCAGUACAAAAUGUCCCUUAUAUCAUUCAACUCAACAUCCAUUUUACGACUAUAAAGGUUACGUCGUUCUUACAGGCAAUUACACUAUGUUAGUUACAUGAAAAUUUUCUCCCCAGUAGUAUUUAGCAGUAAUGUGUGUCUAGCAGAAAUCAAACUCAGCAAAAAAAAAUAAAUAAAUAAACAAGUAAAAAGGUGUAUUUUAUGGAUAUAUUGUUUUCGUUCUGUUGUACAUCGUAUUAUCAAAAUUACUAGCGGUCAAAAUAAAUUGUUAUACCAAAAAUAAAA